GCUGUGCAAAUAAAGACAGAUAACGGGCCGCGAGCAACGCGCUAAAACAGUUUUUUUCCGUCAUGACAUGUUAGAGGAAUAGUUGAACUAGUAACGGAGAGGGGUUUUGGGGCAGGAAUAUCACUUUCCGAGUGGGGAGAAGGGCGUCUUUUCGAGCUGAAGGGUGUGGAAAAGCCCAGGACGCGGCGUUAUAACUAAACUUAGCCGUGCAAGUCAUCGAAGUUGUCUAAAACAAGUAACUGUGGCAGAAGAGAAAGUUAGCCGCAGUUAAAGAUGAGCUUGUUGUCUGUUGACAGCAGCAGCUCGGUGUACCAGCCCGCGCAGCUUUUAAACUGGGUUUAUCUCUCUUUACAAGACACGCACCAGACCAGCGCUUUCGAUGCUUUCCGACCCGAAGCGAGUUCUGGCCAUCCGGACCUGAGCUACAGCAAAACCCCCGCCGCCGAGCUCAGCUCCUCUCUCAGCUCCAACUAUCUCAACAGCUUCUUCCAGCUGCAGCGCAACGAGGCCUUGAAUAACGGCUUAUAUAAAAGCGUUUCUCCGUAUGGCUCUCUGAACAACAUCGUAGAUGGGCUAAACUCUCUAACGGACCACUUCUCCGACCUCUCCCUGACCUCUGAGCCACGCAAGCCCAGCAAAAGACCUCCACCUAACUACCUGUGCCACCUCUGCUUUAAUAAGGGCCAUUACAUCAAGGAUUGCCCUCAGGCUCGGCCGAAAGGUGAAGGACUGACACCUUAUCAAGGAAAGAAGAGGUGCUUUGGAGAGUACAAGUGUCCUAAAUGCAAGAGGAAGUGGAUGAGUGGAAACUCCUGGGCCAAUAUGGGACAGGAGUGUAUCAAGUGUCAUAUCAACGUGUACCCUCACAAACAGCGUCCUCUGGAGAAGCCUGAUGGUCUGGAUGUCUCUGACCAGAGCAAGGAGCACCCGCAGCAUCUGUGUGAGAAGUGCAAAGUCCUGGGCUACUACUGCCGCCGUGUGCAAUAAGGACCUACACGUCCAUGUCCACUCCUGCGUCCCUCUCCCUCUGCCCAUCUUCCCAUCUGCCCUACCCAUGAGGAGCUUCAUGAAAAAAGUGAAAUGUGCCAAAAUGGUUUUGUAAAUAUCGCUAAUGCAAUUAUGGCCUUGUGUAUCAAAAGCAUAAAACACAUUUAUUUGAGAUAUGUGUAUAAUUGACAAUUGAAAAUAUGAUUCUAGAAGGGUGUCACUGCCAGUAUUGAUAUCCAAACCCAGGCACAAUGGCUGACCUCAACCUUGUGCUCUCUGACUGCGUGUUUACAGACUGCCGUCAUUUCCCCUGUCAAGUGAACUAUGUGGAUGUGCUGAGUGGUAAAGGUAUUGUAUUAGUUCAGUCACACAGGGCAGAGUAUGCCUUGCAAUGUUUUUUUUUUUGGGUCAACAGCACACCAAUUUAACUGUGAAUUAACAGGGGAUAUUGUACUAGUCAUCCCUGGCUUUUAUUUGCAUAUUUAUUUGUAAUGUUUUUAUAUUGUCGUGCAAUUGAUUAAACUAAACUGGGAUUUGUAUGCACAUAUUAUUUAACCCCCACCUCUUACCAUUAGAAACUACUGUAGGAUAGAUUUAUCUUAUAGGAAACUUAGCAAAGUUCCUUCUUUUGACGUAUAUACAGUACAGAUAACAUGCAAGAUUACUUUACCAAACACUACAGCAUUCAGCAGUCAAGAAGUACCAACGUUAACUCUUUCUUAUUAUUUUGGACAACAUUGAAAUGCAACGUAUACAAGUCUUAGUUAUUUUGCUGAGCAGUAGCAGAUGUAGAUUCACAAUAUUAUAGGUCUGAACGCUACAGGAUGUUCAUUUUGUUCAGGAUAGAAUCAGUAUUACAAUCUCCAUAUAUCUUUUUGAAUGUGGGUACCGUUGCAUUUAAGAUGUCAUAAUGUUUAAGGCCUGCUAAAGGCAGGACUCUGACUUUGAUGUAUCUAUGCAAUUCUUCAUUGGUUUUGUCUUCAAUAGCCGAAGUGCCAGACGUUUAUUUUAUAUUAGUAACAUUUAUUAGUGGCUGUAAAAGAACUUAGUUUAUGUGCUUAAAUCAACCAGACCAGCUCUGAUGUAUACAUACUUAUCUAAUAUCUGUCAAGUACUAUAAUGGGGUAAAGACUUGGGGUAUAUAAUAGGGUAGUGAUAUAAAAAAAACAGUUACACAUUUCAUGUCUUUAAAAAAUUUUGUAUACUCAUGGCUGUAUAAAAGCUUUCCAAAUUACCGAUAGAAUUGACAAAUGAUGGAUUUCGUUUCAUCAGAGCUGUGAUUUUUGGGAAAUAAUUGCCAGUCUUGAUGAAAUGGAGGUUAUAUGGCUGAAAAGUAAGAAAAGGACAAUGUAUGUUAUAUUGAAAAGCCUUGAAAGCACUCAAACUGACAAGACAUGGUUUUGGUUACAGUUGAUUGAACCAAGGAUCAGCUAGGGAGUUAUUUAAGGAAUGUAGUAUAAUGUAAAGAAUUUAUAGUUUUGGGAGAAGGACAUAAAUAUUACUUACAAGAUGGAAAGUCUAUACUGUAGUUUACCUCUGUUUUAUAAGCAGUUACUUUACAUACUAAAUGGUCACAUCUGAGUGUGAUCAAAACCAGUUCAUAUUUUAAAUGUAGCUUUAUUUUGUAUAACAAAGGUCAUUUGUAGACACAUUUGUAAGCAAUUUCUGAUUGAAGUUAUUAUAGGCAGAAUAUUGUCUUGUCAAAACUCUAGAUGUACAUAUAAAAUGAGACACAUUUCUCGAUUCUUUAGAAUGUGUAUAAUUGUUUACUAAACUUUAAAAGUCCUAACCUCAUAUAUAUUCUGUUGUCUAUAAUUGUUUUGUAGAGACAAAUUGUUUGAUACUAUUUAGAAGUAUACUGUGCCUGAAGAGAUAAGUGUAAAAUGCUUUAAGAGGUGAUGUGAAAUGUUGAGAUUCCUGGAGGUAAAUGUCAUGUCUCAUGCUGGUCUAAGAUGUGAAUUUGAUGGGGCGGUAAAGUAACGGACCCAUUAGCACUGAAAACCUAAAACCAUCCUUUAUUUUUCCCUCCAUUUAAUACUGUUUGUUGUACCUUAGAUUUGAUUGCCUGGUGAUAAAUCAUCAGUAAAGUCUGCUGCGGAUGAAUCAGCAGAAAGAUAGGAAGAUUACUGGCUCAAAAAAUUUAAAUCAACAACUCUGUGCAAAAUCGGUUCCUUAGUGCCAAAGGUCUUUGGCUAGAGCUUCUUCAUUGCUUAAUAAGUCUAGUUUUACUGUGGAAUUGUGUUGCUAAUAGCUCCUCUGUGCCCACAUUGGUACAUGGCAACUUUUACUUCCAGAGUCAUUUAGCUUGCAACGAGUUUGUGCUAUGUUUUGAUCAUCAUGGUAGUGGAUCAGCCAGAGCCUGUUUUUCUCCAUAAAAAGCUAAGACUUCAGUUUAAUUGCUUGCUGCUGAUUCCUAAAUGCCCAACACAAAACUGUCUACUUUACUAUUCUUAAAUAGAAAUUUUCUCAGAAGUAAAUUUCCUAAUCUCUCCACUUAGUUGCUAUUUACUCUAAAUGGUAUGCACCAUUUUAAGCUAGAAGAUUAUACUAAUUAGGAGGAAAAUCUUACCAGAUUUAUCAAAGUCAUAAAAAGAACAGAUUACCAUGGCUGAGAUUAUAAUUCAUUCGUUUUUUUUUUAAAAGCCCUGUGAUGUGCUCGUUUUGCUCUUACAGCCAGAAAGGCCUGGAGCGAUUGCAGGUAAUGAUGUACAUGCAUUUGCAGUACAAGUGUGUUUGUCUUGAAAUACAUAUACUUGACUUUUAUAGCUUACUUUCAACAUAAACUUAUUUUUUAUGAACAAUAUGUGUAUUUUGGAAACCAGUAUAGAUGUGGAAAAUUUAGCAAUUUGAAACCAGAUGAGAUUUUUUUUUCCCUUUUAAAAGAUACAAUUUUAUGUACACUUUUCUGUAUAUAUUCGAUGGCCAUAAUUUUUAAGUUAGCUCUUUUAAAUGUUAUGAUGCAAUAUUAAAAAUGUUUAUGCGAAAAAGGGCAGAUUUUUGAGAUAUUAACGAGCUGGGAGUUUUUACAUUGUUUUACAGUAAUCUUAGGUUUUAUCCUACAAAAAUAUUUAUGGAAGGUCUUUCUGCAUUUUCUUUACCUUUUUUGUAUAAAAAGUAACAGAAAUACACUAUGAAGGAAAUAUUGAUAAUGACAUAAUAUUAUUCAAAGGUUGGUACAAAAUUAUGUUGCCCUUUCAAGCCAUUUUGUGUUUUGCUGUUUUAGAUAUUCUUAGUAUAUAACAUGAGUUUAUGUAUUACAAACGUAAGUGCUUUAAUAUGGAUAUAAAAUCACCGUGUGUCUGCACAGAUGUUUUCGAAUAGCAAUUAUAGGAAAGCAAUAACAUUGUAAUAACUAACACUUCAUGUAAAAGACUGACUCACACCACUGUAAGUCAAACUGUAUCAAACUGUGAGUGUUUUAAUGUCACCAAUUAAUGCCACGUCAAAGAAUGAAUCUGAAUUAUUUUCCUUGUCUUUUUGAAAUUAGGGUUUGCUUAAUCGUGUGAGACAAAGAACUGUAGUUGAGUUUGCAUGUGCAUGUACUUUAACAGAUUUAAUAAGUAUACUUUUGUGCAAUUUAUUAUUUAAUAUUAGUUCAUAUAAUUUCUUGAAGAUGUGCUUUAAUAGAGUUCACCUUGCAAAUAACUGAUUGUUAUAAAGAAAUGCCUUUAUUCACAUGUAGGGUAUAUCGAUUAAUGCAUAUUUACUGAAUGUACUGAUGAAUCUCAUGCGACAAGUUAGAAACUCAUGUUUAUGUUUAUAAUGUCUGUAACACUUUUGAAAUCAUAUUGGAUUGGACACAGCAACAGCAUGAAAAAGGAGAAUUUUAAACAACUGUUCAACUGUUGCAUAAUGUCCAUGAAAUGGCAUUCCGAUAUGUGCCUUAUUUGUUAGUUAGAAAAAUCGAAUACUUUGCUUUUAGGGUUUGUCGAAUUAAAACUUUGAAUCUAAA